AUGAACUUCGCACAGGUCGUCAAACCUUCGCUCGAGCAAGAGCGGGCCCAAGAGCGACGGGCAGUGAACGUUGUCCUACCGGCGAUCCGCGCCGAUACAUGUAGGCCAGGUGAAGAUCAGUUGGACUUCGAGGAACGCGGCAUCGAUGCGGCUCGAAAGUCAGAGCGCAGCUCCAGGCACCGGCCCUACCACAUCCCUAGCAUGGCGACUGGGGCGCAUCGUCAAACGCAACAAGAGAGACGCAAGGCGAGCGAAAACGAUCUGCCGCCCCUGCGUCUGCUCAUAAAUCAGAUAGAGUACGACGAACACAGGCGAGUGCAAAUGCGCGCGCAAUUUAGGUUUCAAGUUCCUUUCGCAGACAAACUUCCCAUCCCCGCGGCUGCCCCCAUGAAGCGCAGCUCGUUCACACCCUCGCGUCACGAAGACGGUGCGGGAAUGGUGGCGUCUGUUCCUGUCCAGCAGCCUAUGGUGUCGUCGUCGUUACGUGCUCCCAUUCCCUCUGUGCCGACCUCCCAGCAGCUAGUUGCUGGUUCCAUCAGUCUUGCCUUCUUCAAUUCGCGCUCCUUUGUUCCAAUGCAUGGAAGUCCCUCCUUCUCCGCCAACGAAUCUAGGGGCGCUGGGGCGCACGCCUUGUGA